CAGUGUCUUUAUUACAACAAAACUGUACAAAUAUUUACAUAUUUUCUCUUAUCUGUACACUCUUUAUAUUAGUUUUUACUCCAUUUAUAUUUUUCUAGAUUCUUUAUAUUCACUUACACUUAAGAAUAAUUAUCUUUGCACCUAAGUAUUGAAUGUUACUUAGUUUUACUUACUGAUGCCUAUUUUUGACUCUUGCUGCUGUAAUAUUGCAAACUUCCCCAUAUUAGAACUGAUAAAGGAUUAAUUUAUCUUAGUUUAUCUUAGAGAGAGAGAGAGAGAGAGAGAGAGAGAGAGAGAGAGAGACGCCUGCCAAAACCAAACCCUAUGAAAACAGGUGUUACCUGUUGGCAGGCUGACUACUCCCCCCGCCAACUGACAUACCUGAAAUGCAGACAGACAGAAGCAGGUGACAGGAAAAAGGUCAGGGGUCGUUACAAAGCGAAAAGUGAAAGUAGCGCAGUGGAUUUGAAAUGAUGCUCACUGAGUCCAUUAAUCAAAGUGAAACUCAAACUGUUGUCACAUGGUCAGGUCACACACCCACACACACACACACACACACAGAGGCCUGGGUCACAUCAGUGUGUAAAUUGGCCAGCGUCUACAUUUAGCUUCACUGCUAAAUGUUCCCAUUGGAUGCUAAUAAACCAGAGUUUUCACCAGCUCACCUUGACAUAUACUUACACCAAAAUAAGUAUUAAAUCCUGUGUGUACUUUUCUUUAUUAAAUAAUUGAACUGUCACCAGAAUAAGAUACAGGUUUAAUGGAUCAGAAAAUAUUUAAAAGAGCCCUUUCUGUUUAGUUUUCACUUUUAGUUGUAUUCACUUUUUAAGUCAGGCCUAAUUGGAGAUUAUUUUAUGAAAUUGAUCAAUUUAUUUUUAUUUUGAAGUCCAGCCCAUUGGAUAAUAUAAAUAAGGUUUAUUUGAUAAAGACUAUCUCCCGGAGCAAAGUCCCAAAGUGGCUCUCAUAAAUAAAAUAACACCAUAUAACACCAAUAAAUAAUAGAUAUAUGUAGUAAAAGAGAGUGGAAAAAACAUGCAAACAGAAGGACAACAAAAAUGCAUGGUUUCUAAACUAUAAUAUACAAGCUGGGACAAUUAUUAAUUUGAAUAGUCUGGGUUUCAGUUGUAUUUUAAAGGCUGAAACAGAUGCUGCAGUACGUAAGUCAAUUAAAAUGAACAUUCCUUAAAGUUGCAACCAUGACUUUAGAUACGGUAAAUACCUUUCAGUUUUUAGUAUGGCACAUGUGAUGACCAGUAAAUGAAUUAUGAGUGCUGCACUAAUAAAUAAUUGUAGAUUAUGGUCUGUUUGUGAAGACCAUAAAAAUGUCAUUGGCAAUAACAACUUUUUACACUCAUUCAUUUACAGUAAGCUUGUGGCUUUGUGAUCUGUAUCUAAAUGUAUUCAUUGUUUAAUUUUCGUUUUUUUGUUUCGUGAAAUUUAUGUUGCGUAUCUGUAAAAUCACUUGAAAUGUUUAUACUGGUGUUUUUUUAAUGUAGUUUAAGAGUUUAUAAAAACUCAUUUUGAUAAUUAUUAUAGUCUUCCGGGCAUCUGACACAACCAGAAUUCAUGCAGAGCUGAUGAAAAGGAGCAUUUACACCAAAUGACCUCACCCCCAGCUGCGGGGGAAAUUAUACAUUGUGUGUGUGUCUGUUUACUAGCAUGUUGUGCUGGUGGGGCAGAAGCUCUGGGUAGGGCUACACCUCGUUUCUGUCCGUUGAGUCUCACCCUGGCUUGACAUUCCCGUACAGAUGCCGGGUGUCCAGUUGCCACCGGUUAUUUCUGUGAUGAUCCCCUUCACACGCUCAGCCCAACCCUGGAGCAAAACAGUCGCCCUCAAUCAGACCCCCAAAAUAGCCCCGGGUGGUGUGGCUGCAGACCCCAGAGGACGGUCCAGUGCAGAGGUUGUGCACAACCUUGUCCUCCCAUAACACAGACAGGCGGGACAGGAGAGGAGUCAAGAUCCUGUGACCCCACCAGCCUAUCUUUCUCAGUGGAUGCCACAGUGCAAGAGGAGUGUCUGUUUCUGCCUCUGCUUGUCACAUGCGCUCACUGUAACCAGAGCAGAAAGUCAGACCGAGUGUGGGCCUCAAGUCGUCGAGUGGCUGGUCAAUCCUGGACCAUGAAGCUAAGCGUGGCGUUGUUUUUUGCAGGCCUCUUCGGGGCGUUGGCAGCCGUUUUCAUCCUCCUCUCUUUUGGAACUGAUUACUGGCUGCUUGCCUCAGAGAGCUGCCACCCAUAUCCUGAGGGCACGGUGGGGCCUGGUGGUGUGACCAUAGAGCAUGGAGAUGUGUUGGUGCAGGAGGAUCAUAAGGAUGUAACUCUGUAUCAUGAGGGCUUCUUCUGGAAGUGUUCCUUUGGAGGCAACAUGGAAGAUGACGACCUGCUCUGGAAACUCUGGUUCACUGGUGUCUCUGAGACCCUAAACCCAGCAAAUCAGCCACAAUCCAAAGUGUGCAUGCACGCCUACCUCUUCCCGUUCCCUGUGUCUCAUCAGACCCACAAUGCCACAGAGUACGAUUCUGCCAUAAUCUACAGAGGCUUCUGGAGCAUCUUCAUGCUCAUUGGCGUGGCAGCUGUGGUGCUCGGUGGGUUCGUCAUCAUCUGUGCUGCUCCGUUUGCCAGCAACCGCCUCUACAAAGCAGGAGGCAGCCUCUUCCUGACAUCAGGUAUUUUCCUGCUGUGUGUGGUUGUGAUGUACGUACUGUGGCUGCAGGUGCUGGAUGUAGUGGAGGUCUACAUCGACCACCAGCGCUCGACGCUGUGUCCAAACUUCCAGCUCUCCAUUAGCUACGGUCUGUCCUUCAUGUUUGCCCCCAUCGGCAUCUUCUUCUGCCUCCUGUCUGGCCUUCUUUUCCUCCUCAUCGGCAAUUCCAUCAAGCUUGAGUGUCACUGACUUUAACCCUACUAUAGGGUCUGAAGAUGUUUUCAGGGUUUUUUCUUUUCUUUCUUUUCUUUUGUUAAACCCGAAUAUCUUUACUAUUUUCUGCUGCAUGAGCCUAUGGAUAGAUCACAGCUUUGUGGCGUCAAUAAUCUGACAAGUUUGGACAUUUUGUUCCAUGACAAAAAUAUUGCUCAAGUAUUUUUGAGAACAGAAAUAUCAUUAUAAUCCCCCCCUGCAGUGAGCUACAUUCAACUGAGCUUAUUUCCCAGAUAGCCUACAGAUGUGGGCCACUUCAGGCAAUGAUACAGCACUUCAGGCCCUCUUGUGGUCUGAACAAAUGGGAUGUGAGCCUAAAGUGGCUUAUGUGGGAAAUAACAUUGUGGCCACCUUUGGCACCUUUGUCAUUGCUAUGUCUAACUUGUGGCCCAGAUCUGGCAAAAUGGAGUGAACCGCCGAUGUGCUAUCAUUCCAUGCAGCAUGUAGGCUGGAUAUGGGCCAAGUCUGGGCCAAACCUAUUUUGCUCUGUGGGUUACACAUAGUUCUGUGCUAUCUGUGGGUUAUAGACACGCAUACAGUACAAGUAUCUGAGGUGUAUAACACAAAAUGUUAAUCCUUUGUGUUGAUGGUUAUGAGGCUUAUAAGUGCUUAUUUUUAUAAUGCAAAAAUACAUGAAAUUUAAUGUUGAUGAGGAGAUAUUGUGUUAUUUAGAAAAUAUUUUGAUGGCACGCAAAAAUCUUCCCUGUUUAAACAACUUAUUAUAAAAUAUAUUUUUGCUCUGUACAGUAUCAAUAAAUAAAACAAUGAGCAUAACAGAAUGCUAAUGAGGUGGUAUGAUCAUUAUUUAUGCAGUAAGAAGUUUGCGUUUUUAGAAAGAGCAAACUUUUCUCUCUUCAGUUUUGAUGAGGCCGAUGGUAGUUUUUUGUCAACAAAUUCCAUGAAAAGCCCAAAUCAAAUAAUGUGAACGACUCUUAUUAUGUUCUCCAACCUCCACAUCUUAAUCCGUUUGUACUCAACUCCAAAUAACAGAUAGAGGUAGAUACUUUCAUGUUGAGAUGGUUGUUUAAUAAUCAGAAAGUCACGGUUUGAUUUCUGCAUCACAAAUAGUUCCUGACAGCUCUGUAUGAAUGAUGUGUGAUAGUAAAAUAGUUGCAAUGAAUGCGUCAAGGGGACUUUUUGAGAUGUUGAUAAGACUGGAUGCUCUAUGUAAAUAUAAUUUAUAUGACAUAUUUACCAUUUAGUUGUUGAGAGCAAUUUUUUACCUGCAGAAUAAACACACAGUCUGUUUGAUGACUAACAGAACCCAGGUUCAUGGUAAUGAAGGAACGUGUAAUCAAGUGCAAUAUUGUGUUUGUUAAUAAUCUGUAGACAAAAGUUGAGCUCGAUGGCACCAAGGAAUUAACUAGUAAUCAUAAUUAUCAUUAUAAUAAUCAUUUUUAUAUUAUGAUUAUUAGUUAAUUUCUUUAUUUCUUAAUUUGUUAUUACUAUUAUUAUAUUAAUGGGUCAAAAUAUUGUUGUUUUUGGUCUUUACAUGGGAUUUUCUUCAAGAACUAUAUAAAUAUAAAAUCUGAUCAGACUAAGAAGUACAAUUUGCUUCCUCUCCAAUAUUAUUUGAUUACUUCUGUACGUUGUGUUAUUACUUUUUUCUGUUGCUUGUAUGUAACUGUUUUAUGUUGCUUUUUUCACUCAGUCCAUUUUCGCGGUGAGUUAUAGCAUAGUGUGUUUAGAGAUACAAACAUAACGCAACAUUUCUUUGGUGAUUUGUUUACCGACAAAGAAAACAUGGAGAAGAUACGCUUUGGUUGGUAAAUAAAUAAUUAUUUUUCACAUAAGACAUUGGAAAUAGGUUUUCAUUGUUUAAUACAGGUAUUUUGACCAAGAUAAUGCUGCAUGCUUCUAAAAUCAUCAUUAUGAUUAUUGGAGAAGGGGCUCUCAUCAGCACAACACAACAAACAUAACUCUGAUAUUGGCAAAUCAAUGUAAUACGUGUAAUAAAUGCCUUUGCUUCUCUUUUGUCAACAUGCAGGCACAAAUAUGAUUGUUGUAACAAAGGCUUAGACAAAUCCAAAAGAUUCCACUACAAUACCAUCAGAUGGCGCUCUUGCCUCACUUGAUCCACACUUCAACUUGCACCUUGAGAGGCAGAAAUCCCAUUUUGCUUAUCUGGAGUCUCUGUGGAGGGUAUAUGGCGUUAUGCAUUUAAUCAAAACUUCAGAGGGGGGAUCUGUAGAUGAAAGAAUUCACACCUUGGCUGACAGACGGACUGUAAUUUCACUCAUGAAUGGAGCAUUUGAUCAGGAUCUGAAUGGACCCCUGUGUGGACUCUCAUGUGUCUGUAUCAGCGCUCAGGCUUUAUAAUAUACUUAUCAAACAUAGGGAAAUGCAUCUGCGGCUUGAGAGUGACACAAUGUGAGGCAUUGAUUACUGCGUGAGAUUGACUUUGCCUCCAUAGUAGACUCUUGUGAUGGAGAUUCACACUUCCACAAAUUCUGAAAUUCUCAUUGCCGUCCACAUGGGAGGAGUGGCCUCAGCAGAGCUCGAAACCACUGCAGGUCUAGCCAGGAGGCUACAGAGGUUGGCAGAUGCUAAUAAAUUGUAAGAUAAGAUCACAGGAUUUGUCCUGUUUCAGGUCUUUUCACGAAAGGUCUCCCCGAGGAAAACAGAUUUCUUAUCUUGGUGGACUUCCUGGUUUAAAUUAAAUCCUAAUAAGAUGAAAGAAAAAAGGUUUAAUCAUUUCUCCAUCCAUAUCCAAAUGAGCAUGUGUGUGGAGGAAGAGCAUGUGUGUGAGAGGGUGAGUUUUGAUGCAGGUGAGGAGGAAGCUACCUCCAGGAGAAGCCCGGGCCUUGCAGUCAGUAAUGUCAUCAGAGUGGGAGUCCCAGCUGAAUUCAGCACUGUUCUGCAUGAUUGCCCAUGAUAAUUGUGUGUUGAUAGGGAGCGCCGGAGAUGGAGUAUAAUUUCCACCGAGAGAUUCCUAAACAAAUACCUGUGCUCAGCAGAGGGAUGGUGUGCAGCAGGAGGUGAGGAGGAGAAUCGCGGAUGAGGGCAGAUAGAGGAUGAGAGGGUAACGCUUCCAGAGGAGGAGGAGGAGGAGGAGGAGGAAGAAGGAGGAAGGACAGACAGGAAGCAGCAUUUUACCUGCACAACCUAUAGUCUGUACAUAGUGAAACCAGAGCAAGGUACUGCAAGACACUGCACUUAAAACACAAGAAGGACAGUCUAGUGAGCCAAAAAACACAGUUCCAACAGAACAGAAGAAAGAAGAGAAUAAAUACCAGAAUACAAUAGAAUAGAAUAGAACACACUAAAGCAGAAUAAAGCACAACAGAAAAGAGUAGAAGAGUAGACAUAGAAUUUUGGAGCAGUUCGGAGCAGAACAAAAUAAAACUGGGCAGAAAAGAAUAGAAAACAAUCAAACUGAAUAAAGUACAGAACACAAUGAAAUAAGUGUUACACACGGACGACAGUUACUAGAAACAGGUCAGA